UGCCAUGGGACGGCGUCACUGACAGAUUUGUGUGUGAUGAUGAUGUGAGGGGCGUGGAAUCGAGAGCACCCAGCAAACAGCCACUGCAUUUACCGAUCGCUGUUACCGUGGAGCUCACUGUAAAUACCACGCAUCAAACCCAAUACAAAGCCAAAGCAACAAUCGGAUCGGAUCGGAUCUGUGGAUCAAAAAAAACUAAAAAAAAAAAACCUGCAGCAUCUAUAUUUCAUCGUUGCGGCGGAUACCAAAACAAGAAUGUAAUAUACGUGAAUUCGAUUAAGAGUUCUGCUACUGUUAAAGGCAGCGCACAGCCAGCAUGGAUUCCCCAAGAUUGAACAAGUUGCAUGACAACGACAGAGAAAAAGAAAGAAUCCUGCGCUCUCACAGGAGUACCGACCGAGACAGUGAAGCCUCUUAUAAGACCAAACACGACAACGACCAGGUGAAGCCGGACCGCAAGAGCACUAUGGGAGACAGGGGGAGGACUAGAACCCGGGAACGCUGUCACAACUCGCAUUACGACAAGAACAGUGAUUCUUAUUAUUCAGACAAUUACGAUCACGACUCCUAUGAAUCUGAUCAUUCCUGUUCACAAUCCAGAACUCCCAGCCCCAGGAGGACAGAGCAUACAAAACAGAUCUCCAGCAGCCCAGCUCGCAAACAAGGACAGGAUAAGAAAAGCGCAAGAAACCUCACAAACAAAACCAGGGGGUCACAAAAGUGGGGUUUCCGCUCCCAGAGCCUGAACAAGGAGCCCAUGCCCAAGGACCUGGACCUGGUGACUAAACGCAUGCUGUCUGCGCGGCUUCUGAAGAUAAAUGAACUGAAGAACGAGAUGUCGGAGCAGCAGCUGCGCUUGGAGGAGCUGCAGAAGGAGAACAAGGCGCUGCGUCUGCUGCAGCACCGGCAGGAGAAGGCUCUCAACAAGUUUGAGGACACGGAGAGCGAGAUUGCGCAGCUCAUAUCCAGCCACAAUAACGAAUUGCGCACGCUCAGGGAGCGGCUGCGCAAGUCGCAGGAGAAGGAGCGCACCACUGAAAGGCGGCUCAAGGAUUCAGAGGAGGAGCUGUAUCGCACCAAGUCCUCCCUGCUGAAACUACGCAAACUGGCAGAGGACAAGCAGCUGGCAGAGAGGGAUGUGCUGGCCCGGAAAUUGUCCCUGGCUGACACACGACUGGAAGACAACGACAGGAGGAUUAAGGAUCUGGAGAAAAACCUGGAGUUGAGUAACAGUAGUUUUCAGAGGCAGCUUGCAGCAGAGAAGAAGAAAGCACAUGAAGCUCAGGAGGAGGUCAAAAACAUGCGGGACGAACUGGAGCGACUCAACCACAAACUCAAGGAAAAGGAAAAGGAACUUGAUUCAAAAAACAUCUAUGCUAAUCGAAUGCUGAAACCAUCUCCGAAGAAAGACACUGACAUCACCCCAAGAAAGAAAGCACCAAACCACAACACUACAAAAGGAGUGCAGACUGAUGAGAACUUGUUGGCUAUUGAGUUUCCUCCUCCACCUCCUGCUAUUACUGACGGGACAAUAUAUCCAGAAGAAGAUGAUUAUUUUUCAUUGAAGGAUAUGAGCCAUCAAGCAAUACAGGGCAGAGCAACAGUCUCUGGUCCAUCAGUGAGAAAGACACCACAACGCAAAAUUAUAAAGGAGCAAGAUAACAAGGAGCAGGAGGAGCGGGAGGCAGCGGAGCGCCUGCGAGUGGCCAAGGAGAGGCAGGAGCGGGAGAAGGAGAGAGAGGAGAAACUGAGGAGGGACCAGGAGCAGCAUGCACUGGAGGAGAAAGCCAGGAGGCUCAGGGAAGAGUGGGAGAGGGAAGAAAUGGAACGAAAGAGGAGAGAAAAGGAACUGUACCAGCAGCAGGAUGAGAGGGAGAGGAAGCUGAAGGAUCAGGACCAGCAGAGCCUGGAGGAAGAGCGGCGCAAGAAGGACCUGCUCUUGGCCAGGAUGCGGGAGGUUGACCUCGAGGCCCAGGGCCCUGAUAUCUUCUCAGAUUUCUCCAGCACCAAACCGGCCACCCACUCCCAGCCAAACCAAACACCGAACAUCUUAAAGUUCUCUGAGUCGGUGAACAACCUCAACAACGGCGUUCCAACUCACAGAAGCAGUGAUUCCAUCAAGAAGCCUGACUCUUCCGGUCGCAGAGCCAUCAAGACCGUGGACUCCAGUGAAGACCUCACCUUUGGCAGCUACGCUCCUUCUUUUGGGAAGACGUCCGGAAGGACUGGGCUCUCAAGCAAAAAGAGUGAAAGCCCUGAAGAGAAGGACAAGGACAACAUUGACACUGCUUUUGGGAAUAACAAGAAAUCAAAUCUGAUGCAACAGUUGUUUGGUGCCAGUGCCAAUGCUGAAAUCUCUACUUUAGAAAUUUUGCAUCUGCCUGCAGCAAACAAGACCUCUCAGAACAAAGGUGGAGCCCUCCCGUGGGAGAAAAGCAGCCCAGCCAAGAAGAAAGAUAACUAUCCAUUCUUUAAUGAGGGCAAAACAGUAAGCUCCAACAAGGGCCGUCCACACAUUGCAGCAGACAGACCUGCAGUAAGGGCCAUCAGUUCUUUAGAGGAUGAAUUAGAAGAAGUUGUACUUUAAACAGAUGCAUUGUAUUUUACAGCAUUCUGUGGUUGUAUAUAUCUCAGAUGCAUCCUGCAAAUUAGAAAGUAUUUAUAUAUUGUUGAAGGUUUUUUUUAUUGAUUAUAAUUAUAAAUAUAGUAAAUGCCUUAUGAAGGAAUACGCUGCUUACAUGUCAGUUGUAUGACAGGCAGUGUAUGUAACAUGUAAUAUUUUGGAAACACAUUUGUUACUUGUAGUUUAUAUUUGCACUUAGAUUUGUUUAUUUAGGGGAACAUUGGAGAGAUCUGAUUAAGCAUUCUGAGUUACUAAGCAUCCAAAUUGUGACAGUACUUACCAUUGACCAAAAUCAUGUGUAUUUUUUAUUAUUAUUGCACGGAUAUGCCUUUUGAGGAUGAACAUUUUGGUACAGGAAGGUGUGGAUUAGCCAGGUUAUUUAAAAAAGACACCAACUAAUCAGAUCAUUUUUUUCUUUUUUUUGUAAAGGAAGUUUUACAUUUGCUGAAGAUACAUGUUUAAUACUGUGAUAUAUUGAUUGUAUACAUAAACAUGUCUCUUAACAUCUCAGUAUAUACAGUAGUGGAGAUGUUCCUCCUUCUCUUUAUUAUGCUGCCCUUUUAAUUACAUAAUCCUCACCAAAUUUAGAUUAAGCUUUGUAUGGUCAUUUCUUUUACAUUUCUGGUUGGAUAAUCGUCACGUAAUCUUCACUUGGGAUAAUCAAUAACUUCUAUUUAAUGAACGUUGCAUGGGCAUUUGCUGAAAUUGAAGAUGGGAACUAUGAAAAAGACCUAGGAGUUUAUGUUGACUCAGAAAUGUCUUCAUCUAGACAAUGUGGGGAAGCUAUAAAAAAGGCCAACAAGAUGCUCGGAUAUAUUGUGAGAAGUGUUGAAUUUAAAUCAAGGGAAGUAAUGUUAAAACUUUACAAUGCGUUAGUAAGACCUCACCUAGAAUAUUGUGUUCAGUUCUGGUCACCUCGUUACAAAAAGGAUAUUGCUGCUCUAGAAAGAGUGUAAAGAAGAGCAACCAGAAUUAUCCCAGGUUUAAAAGACAUGUUGUAUGCAGACAGGCUAAAAGAAUUUAAUCUAUUCAGUCUUGAACAAAGAAGACUACGCAGCGAUCUGAUUCAAACAUUCAAAAUCCUAAAAGGUAUAGACAAUGUCGACCCAGGGGCCUUUUUUGACCUGAAAAAAGAAACAAGUACCAGGGGUCACAAAUGGAGAUUAGAUAAAGGGGCAUUCAGAACAGAAAAUAGGAGGCACUUUUUUACACAGAGAAUUGUGAGGGUCUGGAACCAGCUCCCCAGUAAUGUUGUUGAAGCUGACACCCUGGUAUCCUUCAAGAAGCUGCUUGAUGAGAUUCUGGGAUCAAUAAGCUACGAACAACCAAACGAGCAAGAUGGACCGAAUGGCCUCCUCUCAUUUGUAAACUUUCUUAUGUUCUUAAUAAAUGAUCCCAGGUAAAGUGAACAUAGGUUCUGGUAACUUACAUUUUCACUGUACUGACACCUGAUUCAUUAAGUAAUUGAAGGCUAUAUCUUGGGAACUACUGCUACUGGUUUUGAUUACAUUAUUAAUGGGCAUAUAUAUCAAGAGAUGCUAUUCUACAUCUGAAAGCUAUACUUUUUCAUGGUAUUAAUACCUAUAAAUUAGUUGUGUAUAUCCUUGGAGUAUCUGGUGUUACAGACACGCUUUGCUUUAAUUUAAUCCAUGCCUUAAAAUUGCUUACCUCCCUUUCUGCAACAUCAGAUAUAUUGAUUGAAUAAGGUUAACAAAAGACCCCUAACCUCUGUUGAGUUUUGUAAUAAACUGCCCUUUGGAAACCAGAUGAUGGGAGAUGUACAGAAUGUAGAUUUUCUGGUUAUCUUCCGUUUUCAAAAUUACAGUGUAGAAAAUGAUUGCAGAAUAAACCAGUGCAACGUGUGUAAGAAUAACAACAGCAGAUAUCAAAGACAACUAAAAAGACCCUGUCAGAUAGGCUAUAAUGAGAACAGUGAUACACUAAAGUCCACUAACGGAAUUAACCUUUUCCAAACCUAAAAUGUUUUGGUUGAAUAGUCUAUUUUAAAUGUCAAAAUACAAAGAGAAAUAAUGGAAUAGGUGUUUUAAGAUAAGGUUGUAAUUUUUGUUUUAGUAACUUUGCUGUUGUAAGUUUUGAGAUUGAUCGUUAUGCAUUGUAAUUGGUGACAUUUCUUUGUAAAUAACCUUUGUAAGUAUAUGAGAAAUUGAUUUGUUCAAUUUCACGAAAUUGAUAACUAAGAAAUUGUUUACUUUCAUAUCAAAAUUGGUUUAUUUUACUUGGGGAAACACUAAAAUGCAUGCUCAAGAAUUUGUUUGUGUUGUUUGACUGGUAAUUCAGAUUCCAAGAAAUGUCAAGUAGUUGCUAUGAAAUAAGUACAGAAUUUUGUUAGUGGUCAGUUCUACUAAAGGCAUGAGGUUUUUUUUUUACACACAUUUUGUAAUUCAUGUGAUUACUGUGGAUUUUAAACACCAUUCCAUUAAAUUAGAAGAUUUUAUUUAUUGUGUUUUUUUUUAUUUUUUCUGAAUAUAUGUAUAUUUGUAUUCUCAGGUUGGAUGUAAUUUAGUUAAACAUGACUAAGAAUGUGAUUUUAAAUAAAUGCUUUAUGAUUAC